CCUCAUGGGAUUUUUCUCUGGCUGUUCAUCGUUGCCUUAGUAUGAGAAUUCAUACCACGCUGUUGCCCAGUGACGAGAGGCAAACAUGGCCCAACCGCCCGCUGACCCCAGCAGUGUGGAAGCUGCAGAUCCUGAGGAGAGCUCCCCAAACAUGAUCGUCUACAGGAAGAUUGAAGACAUCAUUACGAGAAUGCAGGAUGACAAAACUGGUGGAGUCCCCAUCCGAACUGUCAAGAGCUUUCUGUCUAAAAUCCCCAGUGUCGUUACCGGUGCUGAUAUUGUGCAGUGGCUUAUGAAGAACCUCAGCAUUGAGGAUCAAGGGGAAGCAAUACACUUGGGAAGUCUUAUUGCUGCACAGGGUUAUGUGUUUCCAAUCUCAGACCAUGUCCUUACCCUGAAAGAUGAUGGGACGUUCUAUCGCUUUCAGGCACCAUACUUUUGGCCUUCAAACUGCUGGGAGCCAGAAAACACAGAUUAUGCCAUCUAUCUUUGCAAACGGACCAUGCAGAACAAAGCUAGGCUGGAGCUGGCCGAUUAUGAAGCCGAAAACUUAGCAAGACUUCAGAGAGCAUUUGCAAGGAAAUGGGAAUUCAUCUUCAUGCAAGCUGAGGCCCAAGUGAAAAUUGACAGGAAAAAGGACAAAACAGAAAGGAAAAUUUUGGACAGCCAGGAGAGAGCAUUCUGGGAUGUGCACAGGCCUGUGCCAGGCUGUGUGAACACCACAGAAAUGGACAUUAGAAAGUGUCGUCGUAUGAAAAACCCACAGAAGGUGAAAAAGUCAGUGUAUGGGGUUACAGAGGAAUCUCAGCCCCAAAGCCCUGUUCAUGUGCCCUCCCAACCCAUACGCAAAACUACAAAAGAGGAUUUCCGGAAACAAAUAACUUUUCUGAACCUGCAGAUAGACAGGCAUUGUUUAAAGAUGUCCAAAGUAGCAGAAAGUUUAAUAGCGUACACAGAGCAGUAUGUGGAGUAUGACCCUUUUAUCACUCCUGCUGAGCCUUCUAACCCCUGGAUAAGUGAUGAUGCAGCUUUGUGGGACAUUGAAAUGAGCAAAGAACCUAGUCAGCAGCGUGUGAAAAGAUGGGGCUUCUCCAUGGAUGAGGUGCUGAAGGACCCAGUAGGACGUGACCAAUUCCUUCGUUUCCUGGAAUCAGAAUUCAGCUCAGAAAACCUCAGAUUUUGGUUGGCUGUCCAAGAUCUCAAAAAACAACCUCUACAGGACGUGACCACCAGAGUGGAGGAAAUCUGGCAAGAGUUUCUAGCUCCUGGGGCCCAGAGUGCUAUCAACCUGGAUUCCCACAGCUAUGAGAAAACAAGCCAAAACGUCAAAGACCCAGGGAGAUACACAUAUGAAGAUGCACAGGAGCACAUUUACAAGCUGAUGAAGAGUGACAGCUAUGCGCGCUUCCUCCGUUCAAAUGCUUACCAGGACUUAUUGCUGGCAAAGAAGAAGCCAGAGAAUGAGCAAGGUCGUAGAACUUCUCUAGAAAAGUUCACUCGCAGCAUGGGAAAGUCUCUGGCCAGCAAGCGCCUGACGGGCCUGAUGCAGUCCUCCUGACAGUCACCCCACCAGUCUGCCACCUCACCAGGGAGGGCAGGGUGCCACGGAGGACAGCAGGAGCAGAGAGCAGCUCAGCGAGGGACAGCCCGCCUGUCACCAAUUACAUCAACACUUUAUCUGCACAGCUUCGUAGUGACACUGAGCUCUGCAUGGGGACUUGGAUUCCUGCUUGGGUUUGUAGGAGCACAAGCCACAGUACACAGGAAGCAAGACAAUGGCUUGGUGUGUUGUUAUUUGAGGAAACAGACUUCACCACUGCUUGGAGAAAGAGGAACUGAGAGAGAUCGGUGGUUUUGCUUCACCUCUUCUCUUCCUAGCACAGACACUGCUAUAAAAGAUGCCACUGCAAUCCCAUUUGCUCCUUUUCCUGUGGCCAUCUGGAUCCAAUAAAAUAUCUGCUGGAAGCUGCUGCUCCUUUCCACAAAGUAUCAAAUGCAUCUCUCCUGCAGAUCCAUUGACUUUAGCUUUGUUUUUAAUUUCCUAUGUCUCUCCUCCUUUAAAAUAUCAGGAAAAAAUGGCCCUCAUUAAGUUUGUCACUCGCUGUCCUUCCAAUGGCAUGUAGCAUGUCCAAAGACGAUGGUCAGAUCCUCGUCCAAAGGCAGGAGACUUUGAGUGGCUUACAUCACCUGAGGAUCUGCCCCACUGCGUCAGAUUGAUCUUGGUGCACAUCCUCCGACAUCGGCGGGGUUGCUCUGCAUGUACGUUUAGUGCAAGACUGCCUGACGUAGUUGUGUUUUAGAUGUAUGACGCACAUAUGCACAAACACACAGACACACACAUGCGGUAUUUAAAAGUGAGUUGUUUUCUAUUGUAUUUGGUUUUCUAUUUAUUUGAGGUUUUGCAUACUUACUUAAUGAUGGAUGUUCAAGUUUUAUUCCAAGUAGGUAGAACUGAACCACUUAGAGGAAAUUUAGCCCUGAUUACAGUGGGCCAAAAUCUGUUCAUGCGUAUACAGGGGAAAGUAACUCUGCUGUAGGCAUGUGUAAUGGAGAGCAAAAUUCAGUCUGCAGCAAGGAGAGAUCUGAUGGAGAAAGGCUUGUCAGAAGAAGUUUGUGGCUGUGCAGAUGCUUGGGUGCCUGUGUUUCACCUGAUGUAGAGCCCAUGAAUACAAAUGCAAGAGAUGACCCAAUAGUUUGUUUCGGAACGUGGGUAUUACAGAGGUUAGGAUGAAGACGGACCUGAAGUGACUUGGUUAAUGACAAAACUCACAUUAUACUAGCUGCAGAUAUGUAAAAUGGAUUGCAUUCACAUACAGUAUACUGCCUAUAUACAAAAUUUUCAAUUUCAAUUGACUUAGUACCACGAAACCUGUAGUUUUUAAGCAGUUCAGAUCUGAAGUGUAUGUGAAAAUAGACACUUGGUCUUCUUCCCUUAUGCCAAGCCAAGCUGGUUUGGUUUUUGUUUUGUUUUGUUUUUUGUUUUUUGUUUUGUGUGUGUGUGUGUGUGUGUGUGUGUGCAGGUGGUAGAAAUUGCUAUAUGGGUACAUGUCUGCAUUCCUAUCUAGGCAAAAUUAUCUAUCUUGCUAAGUAGACAGCUGGCUACCAACCAUAUUUAUUUCUGUGGCAAAUAUUAUCCUAAUAUCUGAGGCUAAUGUAUGCAUAAAAUCAGGCCAGCAUAGUUUCCACCAGUAAAAGAAUUUUCCCUCUUUACCCAUGAAUUUUCUCAUUUUGAUACCUCAAUUAUUUUUCCCAGACAGCUCUUGAUAUCAAUUUUACAUAAGGUCUAUAGGACUCUACACCUGCAUGACUAUACAGUAGAGUACUGAGUACGGUAUUUGUUGUUUACACUUACCUAGUUCCUAUAAUAUGCCUAUUAACUGGGAUCUUCAGACCAAAUUCCUCCUACAUACAUGGCAAUACAUGGCAAAUGAGAGCUCCAGGACUGCAGAAUCAUCAUGGCUGUGCACGUACAUACAGGUAACAUUUUGCCUCUCAUGGAGACAUUCGGGUCUUUGCUGAUUUUCACUAAACCAUCUCAGCAGGACCUGUCCAUUCCAUGCUGACCAUCCAGCCAAAGGCUCCCCUCUGGUAGUAGUAAGUCUUUGUGCAACAGUCCCAGUUGUCCAGCCAUGCACGUUCAAACGUGUCCCCCUGUGCCACCCCUAAGAACGUGCUGUGUGCUGCCUGUAGAUAAUUUGCUGGGUUUGAACAGCCAAGAGCAUGGGGGAACUGCGGACAGUGAGUAUGCAUAUGGGCAUACAUCAGGGGGCCUGGAUGCUGAACAGCUUGCUAUCUAAAUGCACACUGGCACAGCUAAUCUGCUCAGCAGCGGCAAGCCGAGCGGAUGGAGCUGCGUAUGCUCUGUAGAGGGGAGAGCUCCCCUCCUAGCUUCCUGCCCAAAUUUCUUGAGACAAACAUCAUGAGAUCAGACAGGGUCUCCUCCUGGGAGCACAUACAAAUGGCUGUUCAUAUGUCUUUUACUUCACAUAUGACAAUGCUAACGUGUAAGUAUUUCCAUGCAACCUGCAUCCUUGAAUUACUGCUGUUUAAUGACAUCACUUAUUGCAAGUGAUGCUUCUCUUGCGCACUCGCCAGUGAGCACCACCCACUGAGUGCUGCAAGCAGUAAUCUGCUGCUUUAUAAGCAUCCAUGUCUUCCAGCUACCUCAUCGCCCAGAAGAUGAGUUAGGAAAUCAGUUUUUCACCUCUCCUUAUGUUCUCAAUGGCAUUGUUUCAAUGAAAAGCAGGCUUGGAAAGCUUUUACAAUCUCCAUGCUGUGAGAGCUAGCCACCAGGCAUCCCAUACCUGCAGGGCUAUAGCUGUGAAAUACAGCUGUACACUAUUAUUUGGAUAAUGGAAUAUCCAAAGCAUUAAUGACCAUCAUAGUGGGCCAGCACCAGGACAAGCACGAGGAGGUUUUGACAGGUCAGGGCAAUGUUAGGCUAAGGCAAAUGGAUUAAUACAUUCUAUGUAUGUAUAACUCAGUGCUAAAAUCCCAUAGAGUACUGUAAUAAAAUGGUAGCAGGGCAUAAAAAGCCACAGUAAGCUGACAUAAUAAUACCAGGAUAAAUGUAGCAAUAAGGUAACACAGGCCACUGCAGUAAAGUAGCAUUUUGGUAAUGCAGCAAUAAGACACAACAGGACGCUGCAGUAAACUAGUUUGGGGAGUAAGGCAGUAGUGAUGGCAUGUGUGGGCAGUCUGGAGUAUUUGUGUCAGGUACUGCAGCAAUAAAGCCAACACAAGGUGUGCAAGUAAUAAGUUACUACAGUAACAGCAACACAAUGCACUGUACAGCUAUAUCAGGAAGCUUCCAUGCUGCAGGCAAGUCCUACAAGACAUGGUAAUGAGACAAGGCAAUAUGUGCCCCAUUUCUAUAAAAAAUGGGUCUUUUCUCUGCAUAGUAACUAAGAUCCUGGAAUCGUCUCAUCAACACCAAUACCAUCCACUCCUGCUUUCAAGAAAGCUGAGGUGAGAGCAUUCCCCCAUCCAAACUCUUAUAUUGGUCUGGAAAUAAUGACUUGACUCGUCUUUUUGGCCAAAUUUGCACAGAUGGUGAGGUUCUUCAGUCACUCCUCAUUCAGGUGACACCGGCAAUUCAUUGGUCCUUUGCCUUGGGAAGGCUUUGGCUCUGUCAACUUCUGGAAUGGGUGGUGCUUUCAGACUACAGCUAUUUUUGUUUUGGGGGGAGAUGGGAAACUAGGUACAGGACAUCUGACUGUACUGUCCUGUUUCCUGAAAU